AAUGCGGUCAAUGCAGAGCAUCACAGAAUAACUAUUAUAAAUUAUUUCAACUAUGCCAUUUUCUUGAACCAUGAUGGCACCAAAAAUUAUAUGCAUUAUAAUUUUAAUCAUAGUAGAUAAUUUUGAAGCUGCAGAGAAGAGCCCUGUUUUGGCAGAGGCGAUUGCAAAGUUAAAACUUUUCGCUUCGAAACUAGGACAGGGUGGUUUGAAGGGAGGCACUGCCGCAGCAACUAUCUCUUCAGCUGCGUCGACGGGUACAGACUUGAUCAACCCUUCAGCCCAACCCAGAUACAAGCAGUGCGUUUUGAAAUGCUUAUUCAACAGACGACGGGUUACACUUCCUCAGAGUUACGUACCAGUUUUUGAGGCGGACUUUUGGAAAGAGCCGAUUAAUUGUAAUUUGAGGAAAAAAGAACUCUCAGAAGAAUGCGGAACAAGAAUUCCAAUUAAUUUGUUGGACUCCAUGGGAACGCACUUGGUUUUGUUUCCAGGAGAGUACAAUAAACUUUCCUGGUUCGCUGCCGCCCAGUUUUGUAGGUUGAAGGGCCUCACAUUGGCCACUUUCGACUCAAAAUCAAAAAUCACGCAGCUAAUUUAUUACGUCAACUCACUUGUUUUAUCAAAACGGGUUGCUGAAUUUAACGACCGUAGGCCAUUCAGAAUUUGGACAGGAGGGACCAAUGGAAACACAAAUAACUUUUUUUGGACCGAUACAGGACAGCCGAUUGAUAGUGAUAUAUCCUCUUUGCUCUACAAUGUGACUUCUAAGAAAUCAGCAUAUUGCAUCCAUGCCGAGUUAACGUCUAAUAAUACCGAAAAAAUUCAGUGGAAAGCAAGUUCAUGCAACUUCGUAAAUACGUUUGUGUGCGAAGUACCAAAGCUGUGCUACUUCCAAAAAUGUAAAACAAAGACUCAAUUACGCACCUCCAACGCAGGCGAAAGAUUUGUUUUGCCUUGCUCUCCAAAACCAUGUCCCGUCUGCCCAAAACUUUCAGCCUACGAUAAAAAUAAUGAAAAAAAUGGACGGUUUUUCAAUUUCAAUGGAGUGAAGUAUUUUUUGGGAGAAGUCCUGAUGAGUAACGAAGCAGCCUUUGCGCACUGCUGCAAACUGCAAAUGAGUCUGUGGAGUAUGGAAUCGCCACAAGAAGCAGAACAAAUGCUGGACGUGCUCAAUUCAAUAGGCUUAAACAAUAUGUCGGCUAUACAUAUUCACUUGAACGCACGAGAUGAAAAGUGCGAUGAAAAUUUUGUUUGGUGCACCAAGGAAAAGCGGUCAGUGGGGGCCGAGUACACUUGGUUCAAAAACGAGCCCGAUGAUUUUACUGGAAACGAAGUUUGCAUUUCCUUAUCUGCCGACGUCGACAUUGGUAGUAGAGGACUAAGAGACGGUAACUGCGGAUCUAGAUUGUUUUUUGUGUGCAAGGGAAAUGAGACCACCAAUGUUGCAAACUCUUAUCGACAGUAUAAAUUUCCCCCACGAGUGUUCCAAAAAAUGGAAGUCAAAGAGAAACUUCGGUGUAUAAAGCCCAACAAAGAAAUGAAACCAGAUAAUACCCAAGGAUAUGUUUUCUCUGCAUCAGGAAAAACUUACUUCUUGAGUUUUGACAUGAAAAAGAACUGGGAUGGAUUUGAGCACUGCUGUUCCAUGGGCAUGCAUAUGGCAACAAUUGAUACAAAUGAAGAAUUUCAGGCAAUCGUCAAUUUCUAUAGCAAAAAUUUAACUUUUAAGGAAAGGUUAUCUCAUAGAAUACUAACAAUUUCACCGUUUAUUUCUAAGGGCGACGCGAACUUCUGGUUUUCAACAGAUAAGCCCGUCGAUAUAAACACCAUCCCUAUGUUAUUUGGUGAACCAGACAAUUUCUACUCUCCAGAAAAUGCUUUGUCAAUUUUCAUGUAUCGAAGCACAAAUGGACUCAUGGACUGGAACCAAAUGGUGCCUUGGCAUUAUCUUUGCCAGUCUACAUAAAAAAAUGAUUCUGCAUGAUAAAUUAUGUUUUCAUUCUUUAAAUUUAUUGAAAUGUUUAAGAACUUCGAGUAAAUUAAGCCUUAUACCUUUAGAAUUCCCUCUGAAAAUU